AUGAUCAAGCGUGCGUUCCUCGCUGGGGACACGGCGACCAAGCCGCUUCUGUCGCAGUUUAUCUCCAGCUUCCGGGUCUCGCAGCUGGACAUGUUCGAGGGCGUCAAGCGGGUCACAAAGACCACCGAUGCGGACUGGACUAUCACGCACUCGUUGGCCAGGGAGCGAUGGGAGAAGGGCGCGGCUGAAGUCAGGCAAGGUAACUACAUGGGGUUUACCGAGAUGCUGUACAGCGGCAUGUUCGUUCCUGGCGCCAAUGGCAGUCACGGGGACUAUCAGUCCAGGCGAGAGCUCCACAAUGGCCUUUUGUCGUUGCCGGUGGAGGACUUGGACGAAGCGACGGACGUUGGGGUCCGAAUGGGAGAGAAUGGGGAGGUGAACCGUUCUCAUUGA